AUGAAAUUCGGAUAUAAAUUUUCAAAUUUAUUAGGAACUGUUUAUAGUAAAGGAAAUAUUUUAUUUACACCAGAUGGUAAUUCAGUAAUCAGUCCAGUUGGUAAUAGAUUAACAGUUUUCGAUUUAGUUAAUCAUACCUCAGUUACAUUACCAAUUCAAUCAAGAUUUAAUAUUCGUAAAAUUGCAUUAUCACCAAAUGGCCAAAUUUUAAUUUCAGCUGAUGAAUCUGGUCAUACAUUAAUAAUAAAUCUUCAAAGACAGGUUGUUUUAGGUGAAUAUAAAUUUUUUAAAACACCAAAAGUAUUUUCAUUUAGUCCAAAUGGAGCUAUUAUUGCGGUAUCAGUUUUAGAAAGAGUAUUUUUAUUUAAAACUCCAGUUGUUCAAAAACAACCAAAUCCAUUAGUACGUUUAUCAGUAUUCCAACAUAGAUCACCAGUUGUUGCUAUGAAUUGGUCAAAUGAUUCAUUAAAAUUAAUUGUAGGUUGUAAAAAUGGUGCAAUUUUAAUUAGAGAAGGUAAAUCAGAUAAACCAUCAUUUUUUCAAGUUAAAGGAUCAGGUAUUAUAAAUUGUUUCUUUGGAAAUGCAGAGGCAACUAUUGUUAACGCAGUCACACCAACAGGUUUAGUUACAUGGAAUUACAAAUCAAAGGAAGAUUUAGAGCAAGAGGAACAAGAAAGAAAAGAACAAGAGCAACCAGAAGAAGAAGAGCAACAAGAGGAACAAAUUAAAGUUACAACUGAAAAUAAAAAAUUAUCAAAUGGACGUUGGGUAUUAGGUAGUUUUAAGAAAUUUGAAAAUUAUGGUGUUAAAUGUAAAGUUAAAACAGCAGUAUUCCAUGUAAAGAGUAAAUUACUUUUGGUUGGUUUCUCUACAGGUCAAUUUAUUCUCUAUGAAAUGCCAGAAUUCACAGAGCUCUACAAAUUAAAUGUAUCAAGUCACAGUAUCAAUACUGCUGCCAUCAAUAAUACUGGUGAGUGGUUAGCAUUCGGUUGUUCUGAUAUGGGUCAAUUAUUAGUAUGGGAAUGGCGUUCAGAAACAUAUAUUUUAAAACAACAAGGUCACAGUUACAAUAUGAAUUGUGUUGCAUACUCCCCAGAUGGUCAAACUAUUGCAACUGGUGGUGAAGAUGGAAAAGUUAAAAUUUGGAAUACUACAAGCGGUUAUUGUUUUAUUACAUUCUCUGAUCAUGAAGGUCCAGUUACAUCAGUUAAAUAUUCACCAAUUGCAAGUCAAAAUGUUGUAUUCUCAGCAGGUGUAGAUGGUACCAUUCGUGCAUUCGAUUUAAUUAGAUACAGAAAUUUCAGAACAUUUGUUAGUCCAAAUAAAACUCAAUUUUCAACUUUGGCUAUUGAUCCAAGUGGUGAGAUUAUUGCAGCAAGUUCAAUCGAUACUUUUGAAAUCUAUGUUUGGUCAGUACGUACUGGUCGUCUUACAGAUAUCCUUAGUGGUCAUGAAUCACCAGUUUGCGACCUUUCAUUCGACCCAAUUAAUCCAUAUUUAGCUUCAGCAUCAUGGGAUAAAUCCGUCAAGGUAUGGAACAUUUUCGAAGAUCGUGAAGUCCGUGAAAAUAUUCAACACACCUCUGAUGUUUUAGCUUGUUCUUAUAGUUCAGAUGGUAAGAAGUUUGUUGCAUCAUGUCUUGAUGGCACUAUUCAAAUUUAUGAAACUUCAACUUGGUCACAAAUUGGUUUGAUCGAUGGUAAGACAGAUAUUAUGGGUGGUCGUGGUUAUAAAGAUGAACGUCUUGCAAAAACUUCAACUAUGGGUAAAGCAUUCACUAAAAUUGCAUUCACACCAAAUGGUGAAUGUCUUAUUGCUGGUGGUGACAGUAAAUAUAUUUGUAUCUAUCAUGUCGAUCAACAAGUUUUAGUCAAGAAAUAUUCAACUUCACAAAAUUUGUCAUUGGACGGUAUUUCUUUAGAUAUUGAUUGGCGUAAGGUUGGUGAAUUUGGCCAUAUUGAUACAUUUGAUAAAGAUUUCGAUUCAGACGAUGACCUCUCUGAAAAAAAUAAAGAAUUUUUACCAGGUACUUCAAAAGGUGAUCUUUCAGAAAGAACUACAAAAAAGAAACAAAGAACUACCUCCAUUUCUAUCUCUCCAACUGGUCGUGCUUGGGCUUGUUCCACCACCGAAGGUCUUUUAAUUUAUUCUUUAGACGAUUUCUUAUUCUUUGACCCAACCGAUCUUUCAAUUGAUAUUAAUCCAGAAAAUAUUUUAUUAGAAUUAAAAAAGAAAAAUUAUUUAAAAUCAUUAGUUAUGAGUAUUAAAUUAAACGAAAAAGAAAUUAUUGAACAAGUUUUCGAAUCUAUCCCAUUUGAAGAGGUUCAAUUGGUUUGUCAAGAAUUCCCAAUAUAUUAUUUAAAGAACUUUAUUCAAUUCCUUAGCGCUUAUUUCGAAAAGAAUCAACAUCUUGAAUAUCAAAUGAAAUGGGUUAAAUUAAUUUCAAUUUAUCAUGGAAAAUAUAUAAAAUCAAAUUCCUUAUCAAUGAUUUCAUCAUUAAGAAAUCUUCAAAAAACAAUUACACAAACUUAUAAUGAUUUAUCUAAAGUAUGCGAUGAUAAUAUAUUUUCUUUAGAAUAUUUUAAAACUAUAUUAAUUAAAGAGCUUAAAUCACAAGAGACAAAAGCAAAACAACAAGAACAAAAGAAUCUCAAACAAGAAAAGGUUUCUAACGACUACUCUGAUGAUGAAGAAAUUAAAGAAAAGAAAAAUCAACCUGUUAAAAAAACAAAAAAAAACUAA